AUGUAUGUCCAGCAGCCUUCCAGCAGCAUCGACAACGUUCUGCCCCCGCCUGGGCCGCCGCCACAGCGUCGUCCCUCGAUGGAGAACAACGGCUGGACAGACGAGCCGGCCACAAGUGCCUGGGAAGACGUGGCUCCUCAGCAUGCAGCUGCGGCUGGUGCUACAUCAAAUUCCAUCCGCCGUAAAGAAGUGCCUGCGUCUCUGCGGCCUGGCGGAGGCGGCAUCGACGUAGGCUUCGGCUCUCCGGAAGACGAGGACAGCGUGUGGAACGAGGCACGAAAGCAGCCGUCUGAGCUGAAUCUGCCCGGCCAGAUCCCCGAUGCCCUUAGACCAGGCGUACAGAGAUCAGAGACCAAUCCAUUUCUGAAAAACCGAGCUCCGUCAGACCAGAGUCUCCAAGACGUUCCGGCUUCUCUGCAGCCGCCGACUGCCUCGCUUUCUAGCAUAAGCCUGGACGACACGGGCGACCAUAAUCCCUGGAAGCCGACAAUCGAUGUACUGCCGCCAACCCCUGGGAAUAACUUGCAUGAUGUUGUAGCACCUGGCGACUCUGGGCCUGAUCCUUGGGCUCGUUCUUCCCCGCACCCGCCUGCAAAAGUGCCCAUCUCGCCAAAAUCUCCGGAUCUGAUCUCUCUGCACUCUAGAAGCUCGAGGAGCUGGGAUGACGAUUCUCACAGCGAGCGUGACGAAAAAGGCUCUCCGUCACAGAAACCGGCGAUGCCGGAAGACCUCGAGCGUGAGCAGCACAUCUGGGACGAUCUGGGGUCUUUGGAUGCGGCCAAGGGCAAGGGCAAGGUACCCGAGCUGACGGCAGCGCAAGCAGCUCAAUUGGAUGACUGGAGUUUGAUCGACUCGGACCCGUCAUUGAGCCCCCCGCAAAGACAGCCACAAGAACCCUCGGCGGUGGUGCUGGAGGAAAAGCCAGCCUUGCCGCCCCGAGACACAGAGAGUCGUGCGAAAUGGGUCCCAUCACGUCCGCCGGUCGAUGGCAAGGCUGAAACGUACCAAGUCAAGAACAUCCGUUGGCACGACCCCAACUCAUCCAACAACCCCCGCGUGUCGCCCAUACUCAUACAGAAUGAGAACGGGCCUUGUCCGUUGGUUGCGUUGGUCAACGCGCUGACCAUGACCACACCUGACGAUAUACCCGACACAGUCCUGGUGCAAGUUUUGCGCUCACGGGAGCAAAUCAGCUUGAGUCUUUUGCUGGAUGCUGUUUUUGACGAACUCAUGUCUCCCAGAAGGACGUCCUCGGAGGACUAUCUACCAGAUGUCUCGGAAUUAUACUCGUUCCUCCAGAGUCUCCACACCGGCAUGAAUGUCAACCCGCGAUUCAUCCCCACUCCUGAAGUUGUCACCGCAUAUGAGCAUACUUCACUAACACAGCUUCACCCACUCGAGCGACACAAGUACAUCCCUGGAACCUUUGAGGACACUGCAGAGAUGAAUCUCUAUGCAACCUUUUCUAUUCCUCUCGUUCAUGGUUGGCUACCGCCUUACGAUGAUGUUGUCUGUGCUUCCAUGCAAAGACAUGCUACCUCUUACGAAGAUGUGCAGAAUCUUUUGUUCCGCGAAGAAGAGCUAGAGGACAAACUAGCUACUUCUGAGGAGGGCCUCACGGAAGCCGAGCAAGAUUUAUAUCAAGACAUCAUCACCAUCAAGAUAUUUCUGAACGAGUCAGCCACCCAGCUUACACCCUGGGGAAUCGAGGUGAUCCAAAAAGCGAUCCGACCCGGUACAUUUGCUAUCCUUUUCCGCAACGACCACUUCUCAACCCUUUAUUGCCAUCCACAGACCCAGCAACUCCUCACGCUUGUGACGGAUGCCGGCUACCGGACCCAUGAUGAAAUUGUAUGGGAAAGUCUAGUGGAUAUCAACGGCGAACUCAACCAAUUUCUCGCCGGAGACUAUCGCCUUGUAAGCGGCGAUACCGCCGCAGAACCAAUUCCUAGCACCGGCAAACGCCAUAGCGACCAGGACGGUGGUGCUUGGACAACUGUCACCAACAAACGGGGCAAGACCAAGGAGACUGCCCCUGUCGACGAACCAGGUCAGGCGAGCUCCAGCACCGAACAAGAAGAUAGAGACUUGGCCCUCGCCAUGCAGCUACAAGAGGAAGAGGAUCAGAGACACCGGGAAGAGCAGGCUCGCCGGCAACGGGAGCGAGCACUCUCGGAGCAAUAUAUCGAGCAAGCUCACCUUCCCAUACCUGUUACUCGCCCUGUAGGCAAUUCCGGAGGAAAUGCCGGUGAUAACAAUGCUUCCCGGCGCAGCUCUGCGGCCGGCCCAAGUGGCAGCACGCCCGUUCUACCGCCGCGGCGAAGUAGCAACAGUGUCAGCAACAGUGCCAACAAUAGCACCAAUGCACUCACUGCCUCUACUUCUCAGCGGUCUUUGCCUCCACGCGGGCCCGCGUCACAAACUGUCCGGCCCCUAGUUCCUCCUGUGAGGCCUGGUGUCAAUAGACCGGUUAGCUCUGAUGAACCGCCGCCGCCCUCAUAUGAACAGGCUGCUCAGGUUCCUGCAUAUGUUCCUCCUCCAGGGCAUCCUAACCACCACCAAAGUAGCCCUGCAGCUUCUAGACAGGCGUCUCGAACAAGCAAUGGGCCUGCUGCCGCAGCUCGUGGCCGACGACCCGGCGCCUCAGUCCCAGCAAGUCGAAGACCCGCUGUGGCCUCUGGAGGGAGCUCAAGCCGAUCCGAUAGAGAUUGUAUAGUAAUGUGA